AUGGUCUACAAGUGGGAGGCACACAAGGAAAUAUGCGAGCACCUCUACAUUGAGGAGAAGAAGUCGUUUCGCGUCAUUGCCGCUUACAUGAAGGAGCACCACAACUUUGGCGCCAGCGAACGCGCCCUGCAGUGCCAAUUCCGCCGCUGGGGGUUCCCGAGCCGCUACAAGCGCGUGCGCAAGGACGACCACCUCGAGCACAACCUCAUGCUGCGCGGCCGCAACGGCGAUCGCCCUUCGACCGAGGGGCCCGACGACGACGACGACGAGUCCGUGGCUGAGGACGGCACGCCGGCGAGUCCCAGGCCCCGCCGGCAUCAGGGCCAGGGCCAGGAUCAGGGCCAGGGCCAGGAUCAGGAACGGGCGCCAUCGGGUGCUGCUGCUGCUGGUGGCGAGGGACAACAGCAGCAACAACCGGUUGUCGAGCUGUUUCCGGCGCCGGUGAAGACGUCGCCUGCUGGCAAAGGGCACAACAAGCCGCGUCGCUUGACCAAGGUGUUUGGCCUGCGGUCGAGGGAUGCGGCGGCCCCCCCGAGGUUUCCGUCCGAGCUGACGCUCGACGAGGCGAAAGCCAUCUUGGGGUUGGACGAGGACUCGUACGUCGGCAUGCGCGCCAUUUUCACGCGCCUUUGCGAGGAGGCGGGCGUCGUCAAGAAGACGAUUGCCGGGCCGGACAGGUGGGAAGCCCUCAAGGACGAGCUCAUCCGCCAGUUCCCGCCCCUCGAGGCCGAGAUGUGGCAGAGCCGAGACAACCACGACGGCAAGAAGCUGGCGCUCGACGUCAUCUGCACCGACUGCACCAAGCGCCUGCGCGUCAAGAACCGCAACCUCACGCUGCCCGACGCCCGGGUCGUGCUGGGCAUCAACCCCGAGGAGACGAGACAGCUCCGCGCGUCGUGGUACAAGCUCGUCGAGGAGAACGGCGUGCACAGCAAGACGCAGGCCGGCGUCAGGCAGUGGAAUGACCUCAAGAACCAGUGGGGCCAGCGGUGUCCGAUUGUGCAGCGCGUGCUGACGUCUGGCAACCCCCAGUCGACGCACGAGGACAAGCUGCGGGCUCUCGAGCUGCUGGCCCGCGAUGUCAUGAAGAGGCGAUGGGACGAUGCUGGACGGGCGAAGAAGGCACAGGCUGGCAAGAAGGCCGCGACAACACCGAGUGCACAGACUGCAGGCAAGGCUACCAAGCAGACCCGGACACAGAUCCAGCAGCAACAGGCAGGCCGCCCAGGACUCGAACCCCGCCUCGUGGUUGCGGAUGUGCCGAUGGGCGACAAUCCUCACGCCGAGGAUCAGGACGGGGACGGGGACGGGACUGCUGGGAACGGGCAGGAUCACAUGUAUCAGUCGAGCUACCCCGAUCCUCAAGUCAGCGCGCAGCAGCCUUACGCAUCCCCACACAAUCCACAGCGGGUGGUCCUGGAUUCGACGCUGGGAUCGUCGUUGCUGAUGGCGGUGAACAGCGAGUCGGCGGCCUACCAACAGCAGCAGCAACAGCAGCAGCAACAGCAGCAACAGCAGCAACAGCAACAUCAGCACAUGUCACCUCAGCAGCAAGCGGCACCAGGGCCGCCGUCCACGAGCACGGCCAUCUUCCUACGACUGAGCCCCCUCUCGACCUACGAGACGAGCACCUCUCUCUGGAUAGCGACGAUGAGCACCCACUCGGUGCGGGAGCUACGGCAUGUGGCGGUCGAGAAGUUCCCCAAUGCCGCGUGCCUGCGUGUCGAAGGCAUUCUGAAGGACGGCAAAGGCGGCGAGAUGCCGCUGCUGAUUGACGGCGAUACCGAGCUCGAGGCCUACUUGACGCAUCUGAAUGGAGCGACGCCGACGUUCUCUGUGCAGCUUGUGCCUGGGUGGCGGCCAGCUUGA